AUGAGUAUGCCAUCUUUCGAGCCGGGUCCUGAGCAUUUCCAGCAGUUCCCGUCCAAUAGAAUUAUCGUUAUCCACCCUGGAUCACUUUAUGUUCGAAUCGGAAGAGCGUCAGACCUCUUACCAGUAAAACAACUCCAUUGCAUAGCAAGAAAACGUCGUCCCGGAGGAAAAAUAUACCGUGAUUCCUUCAUCCCUCCAAGUGUGCCAAAAACUAAGGAAUUAAUCGAGGAAUUAGAAGAAUGUCGUCUACAAAUAUCUCACACGUUGCAGUCGUGUGUACAGUCAAACGGAGCACGGAGGUACGCGACACCACCGCAGCAAAUCGCAGCUUUCAAUCGUCGGUCACUGCCAGAAUGUGUGAAUGAUGGGGAUCCGUGGCCGCAAGUACAGUGUGACAUCGUGAUCGGUGACUUGGUACUUGACAUAGAUCCAGAGCUACCAUACAAUAUACACUUUCCUUACCGCAGAGGUGACUUCAACAUACACUCUGAAGUGGGUGGCUCUAUCUCUUCAGUGCUCAAUGACCUGUACACUAUAUGGAGCUCUAUCAUAGAGUAUAAGCUGGGCAUACCACUAAUAGAACUAGUAAAGUACAGAUGUGUGCUGUUAAUACCUGACCUGUACUCCAGGAGCCAUCUAAAGUAUUUAAUGUUAUUGUUAUUGAAGGACUUGGGUUUUGGACAUUGCUUCUUUGUACAAGAGAGUGUAGGAGCUACAUUUGGAGCUGGUAUUGGAUCUGCAUGUGUGGUGGACAUUGGAGACCAGAAAACUGCCAUAUCUUGUGUUGAAGAUGGGAUCUCCCAUAAGACCACUAGAUUGAGGAUGGACUAUGGAGCAGGAGAUGUCUGCCAAGCUUUAUCUUGGAUGUUCCACAAGAGUGCAUUUCCCUAUAAGAAUUGGAAUGAGAACAUACCUAGAGAUGUGAUACUCAUGAGGAAUUUAUAUGAAAACUUCUGUCAUGUGAACCUGGAUGUGUGUGGGCCUCAGGAGAAGUCAUUUCUUGUAGAUCAUCCUGGUGAUGUGGUAAACAAAUACACACUGCAAGUUGGUGAUGAGUGCAUAAUAUCACCAUUAUCAAUGUUCUACACAGAUUUACUAAAAAUCACAGGCUCAAAGUCUACCAAGAUACAGAACAGACAACCAAGUGACCCUGAAGAUCCUUUUGAUGCAGAGUUUUUAAGAGAAACUGGCAGGAAGAGGGAAACUGUUGAUCCUUCAGCCAAUGAGAACAUAGUAGUGGACACACUUGAAGGAGGCCCGGGUGAUGUAGUGUCCUUAGCUCCUGGACAGGUCCUGGCACUAGAUGCUGCAAUACUGCAAAGUAUUGACCGCUGCCCCAAUGAGGAGUUGAAACGGAAGAUGUACAGCAACAUAUUAAUAGUGGGAGGUGGUGUAAAAGUACAUGGCUUGAAUUUGUGGCUUCAGAACAGGCUAGCAUUACAGAUUCCAUAUACAUAUAAGACUGAACAGUUGGAAAUAGUGACAUCUCCCAAAGAUAUAGAUCCCGCCAGCACAGUAUGGAAGGGGGCAGCAGUGAUGUCGUGUUUGGAAUCUGCCAUAGAGUUAUGGAUAAACCAGAGUGAAUGGAACAGAUUUGGUUUAAGGAUACUCAGGGAACGCGCGCCAUUUAUUUGGUAA